AUGUCCAACAAAGAACAAAACAGACUCUCUGUCGAUCCCCUCGGUGCUAUCGCCAAGUACAACUCGCUCAAAGCUCACUUCCUCAACCCAUCUACUCCAACAAUCAUGUCUGCUCAGGCUGUCGAGACCUCCCGCCUUGAUGGCAAGGUCGCCCUCGUCACUGGCUCCGGCCGUGGUAUCGGUGCUUCCAUGGCCACCGAGCUCGCCCGCCGCGGUGCCAAGGUCGUUGUCAACUACGCCAACUCCGCCGACGCUGCCAACAAGGUCGUCGACGCCAUCAAGAAGAACGGUGGCGAUGCCAUCGCCCUCAAGGCCGACGUCGGUGACGUCGCCCAGACCAAGCGUCUAAUGGACCAGGCCGUUGAGCACUACGGCCAGCUCGACAUUGUCUGCUCCAACUCUGGUGUCGUCUCCUUCGGCCACUUGAAGGAUGUCACCGAGGAGGAAUUCGACCGUGUCUUCCGCAUCAACACCCGUGGCCAGUUCUUCGUCGCCCGCGAGGCCUACAAGCACCUUUCCGUUGGUGGCCGCAUCAUCCUGAUGGGCUCCAUCACCGGUCAGGCCAAGGGUGUCCCCAAGCACACCGUCUACUCUGGCUCCAAGGGUGCCAUUGAGACCUUCGUCCGCUGCAUGGCCAUCGACUGCGGUGACAAGAAGAUCACCGUCAACUGUGUUGCCCCAGGUGGCAUCAAGACCGACAUGUACCACGCCGUCUGCCGUGAGUACAUCCCAGGUGGUGAGAAGCUCUCCGACGAUCAGGUCGACGAGUACGCGAAGACCUGGUCCCCAAUGCAGCGUGUCGGUCAGCCAAUCGACAUUGCCCGCGUUGUUUGCUUCCUCGCCUCCCAGGACGGCGAGUGGGUCAACGGCAAGGUCAUUGGCAUUGACGGUGCCGCCUGCAUGUAA